AUGGCCCCCGUGUCGUCGGACAAGAUCGUCUUCACACACGGCAAAAAGGCCAAAGAGAAGGUCCGGAAAUGCGGGGCAAGCGCGAAACGAAAGGCCGUGCAGCUAGGCGAGGGAGCCCACGUUUUCUCGGCCGUCGUCCAUUUCAAUCCGACUUACGGUCAAUUAGAUGGAGCUGUCCACGUCCCGGACGGCCAAAGCAUUCCCGACCUGGCGGAACUAUUCAAGGGGAUGCACGGUAUCGGACGCCGACGGCGGGUCACACGCCGUCGACGGAAGAGAUCAACGUCCGAACCUGGUCAAAGUUCGGUGGAGAUCGGCGACGCAAUCGAAGUGGAGGUGGUCGGAAGUAGCGUGCGGGGAACGCCCGAUGGCGUGGGAGACGAAGACACGACGGCGGAGGAAGUCACAAGUGGGGAAGCGGAUGCCCCACACGAAGUCGAAGCCGAUGACGGCGGCGCCGCUGUUUUUGGCGGCACCGUGUCGGGCGUCCAGCAAGACGAGGCUGAUGUGGGCGAACCCCCCAGCAACCCAGUAGAACAUGAACAACGGACGGAUUUAGCACCACUCAACCAAGAUGGCGAGGGCAUGAUGGGGGAUUUUUCCAUGAGCGACGCUGACACAGCGAGUGCGACCGGUGCGGCUCAAGAAGGGUCCUUUUCCGGGCUGCCUGAGAUUGACUUGCGCGACAUCUUCGAGAUGGAAGCUUGUGCGUCUACGUUUGUGUCAGCUGGUGACAGUGAGCUGGGUACACCGGAAGGACAGUCCAGCGAUACCAAUCCUGGUCAGGAAAGGUCGGAGGUGGAGACAUCGGGCGAAACGCUGAAGGAGGGUACGGCGGCAGUCGAAGGGGCAGCCUUAAGCCAUCAGCCGAAAAUUCCACAGGCGCGAACAAUUGCUGCCGCACGUGCCUAUCGACCUGACAGGAGUUCACUCAAGAUCCACCGGUUCUUUUGUCGGGUUUCUCAGCGGAUCCGGCUUGCAAGAUAUGGAGGGGAACUGAACACGGAACAUGUCUGA